AUGACUUGCCCGCCUAACAAGAGCGCGCUUUACCCCUACCAUACGGGAGACAUUUGGAUUAACGAUGUCCUUAGCGAUUCUGCUGCGCAUCAAGCAUUCGUAUGGUCGGCUUCAGAUGACUGGUCCAUAGUCCCGGGUCAGGCCCUGGAGAGAGGAAAGGCGCAAUUUCAGCACCCAGUGCAUGCAGAUCGAUGGUUUUCCUUCAACCACAGCGGGACUCCCGGUUGGCUCAAAAUGUCAACGAUAGAGAAAAAUGAUAGGGAGAUCCGCAAACGAGAGGCGUUGGGAGGCGUUGAUGAGAUUGAUGGGGCCCAAAAACGCGCUCGCUUAGCUAUGGGUGUUGGGAAAAAGCCCAUCCGAGCAAGCACUCCUCGUCCCACAGCGAGUGGUCCAGUUCGUGUGAUCAGACCUGCAGCAGCGCGUCCUCGUACACUAACGGAGGUUCGGGGUAGAAGUGUUACGUUUAAUCUACCUGGGGAAGUACCGGAGUAG